AUGGCUGACUGGCUCCGCGGCUUGAGCUCCGAUUUUGCGGAGCUGGUGCAGGCAGCAGUGCCCCAGCCACCGCUUCGCGACCUGCAGUUUGCUGAAGUCGGACAGCAGAUGCAUCAGGAUGCUUUGUCGCCUUCGCGAGGGUGGCACAUGCUGGCUUUCGCCAACAUGGAAGGGCUGGUUGCUUGCUACGACAUGAUGGAGACCAAUGCAGGGCCGACCUUUACUUGGGAGACAGCCUUGCAGAUGCUCGGUUUUUCUGUCAUUAUUGGUGAUUUGAUGCAGCUCCUCUACAACCUCCGGGUGUUCGUGUGCAUUUCGCAGCCGAUGGCUUCCAAGUUGUUUGCCUACGGACCGGUAAAGGCUACGAUGGACUGCUGCAGCUACUUUCGUGUGACCGUGAACUUGGGCACAUUUGGUGCAGAGAGCAGGUGCUAUGCUAGAAUAUAA